GCGCACGUUCUUCUAAAGCACAGUGGGCGAAUGCGCGUGCACGUAAAUGACUGGCAACACGACGUGCGCGUCAUCAAAAGCGACGAAUAACGAAGUCGGCACGUGCCUAAAUAUUAAACUGUAGGCGUUGAGUGAGCCAACUUCAUCAAAUAACCCAGAGGGAGAAGAGAGGAACAAGAAGCUGCUGAUUACUGUACUGUCUGGAUGGAUGUGAAAGAGGAAGCCAUUGAGCCUGACACAAAUAUCAUGGAGUUAUGGAAGGCAAAGUUUAAGGAUGAGGACUGUGAAUGGGAGUCUGUUUACCCUAAACAGGAGAAUCAGGGCAUUAAGGAUGAGGAAUGUGAGCUGGGAUCAGUGGACAUUAAACAAGAGGCAGAGGAGAUGUCUGUCAGCAUUGAGACACACAAAAAUAAAAGUGUGGAGCGGGUCAAGGAAGACGACCUUCAUUAUGGAUGUCAAGAUGGAGUGAUGGCGGGGUCAGUCUCUUCUCAAAGUAGACACUGUUCAUCAGUCAACGUAAAGUCUGAAUCACUGGAGUCUGACACAGAGGUGACUGAGAAAAAAUCAUCUAUUAGGAUUCAGAAAGAUCAGCCACCACCUAUAAUUCAGUCUGGUAAAAGUGACAAACCUCACUUCUGUUCUGAAUGUGGCAAAGGAUUCUCAAAAAUUGCCUAUCUUCAGAGACACAAAAGAAUUCACACAGGAGAGAAGCCAUAUUGCUGCUUGGAAUGUGGAAAGCGAUACUUUAGCAAGAGUUCUCUGCACAAACACAAAAGAAUUCACACAGGAGAGCCGCCAUAUUGCUGUUUGGAAUGUGGAAAGCGAUACUUCGAUGAGAGUUCACUGCACAAACACAAACGGAUUCACACAGGAGAGAAGCCAUUUUGCUGUUUGGAAUGUGGAAAGCGAUACUUUAACGAGACCUCACUGCACAAACACAAACGGAUUCACACUGGAGAGAAGCCAUUUUGCUGCUUGGAAUGUGGAAAGCGAUACUUUGACAAGAGUUCACUGUACAAACACCAAAAAAUUCACACAGGGGAGAAGCCAUAUUGCUGUUUGGAAUGUGGAAAGCGAUUCUAUGACAAGAGUGCUCUGCAGAGCCACAAAAGAAGUCACACAGGAGAGAAGCCAUAUUGCUGCUUAGAAUGCGGACAGCAAUUCCGUAGCAAGAGCUCUCUUCAGAGGCACAAACAAAUUCACACAAGAGAGAAGCCAUAUUGCUGUUUAGAAUGUGGACAAGCAUUCUUGCGUGCCUCCUAUCUUCAGAACCACCAAAGAAUUCAUACGGGAGAGAAGCCGUAUUCCUGUUCAGAAUGUGGCAAAGAAUUCACGCGUAGUACUAUUCUUCGGGUCCACAGAAGAAUUCACACUGGAGAGAAGCCAUAUUGCUGUUUGGAAUGUGGCAAACGAUUCCAUGACCUGGUCAGUCUUCGGAACCACACCAGUUUUCACACUGGGAAGAAGCCAUAUUGCUGUUCUGAAUGUGGCAAAAGUUUUUUGCUUAACGCACAUCUUCAGGUCCACAAAAGAAUUCAUACAGGAGAGAAACCGUAUUGCUGUUCAAAAUGUGGGCAGCAAUUCUCUAACAAGAGUGCUCUUCAGAGACACAAAACAAUUCACACAAGAGAGAAGAAAAAAGAAUUCACACAUUGUGGUAAGUCCCAUGCCUCUGUCAAAUCUGGGAAUGUAUACCCUCACCUUUGGUUUCCCACUUGCACUCCCCAUCGUCAUCUGAGUGCUCAGUCUCAGGGGGGCAUCCAGGAGGCAUCUGUAUCUGAUGCCCCAACCACCUCAAUUGGCUCCUCUCAAUGUGGAGGAGAGACACAAAAAUCUGCUGAUUACUGUAAUGUCUGGAUGGAUGUGAAAGAAGAAAGAAAUGAAGCUGACACAAAUAUCAUGGAGAUAUGGAACACAAAGGUUAAGGAGGAGGACUGUGAAUGGGAGUCUGUCCACCCUAAACCGGAGAAUCUGGACAUUAAGGAUGAGGAAUGUGAACUGGGAUCAGUGGACAUUAAACAAGAGGCAGCAGAGAAGUGUGUCACCAUUGAGGCACACAGAAAUAAAAGUGUGGAGUGGGUCAAGGAAGACGAUCUUCAUUAUGGAUGUCGAGAUGGAGUGAUGGCGGGGUUAGUGUCUUCUCAAAGCAGACACUGUUCAUCUGUCAAUGAAGAGUCUGAAUUAUUGGCAUCUGACACAGAGGCAACUGAGAAAAAUCCAUCUGUUAGGACUGCAGAAGAUCAGCCACCACCUACAAAUCAUUCUGGUAAAAGUGACAAACCUCACUGCUGUUCUGAAUGUGGCAAACAAUUUCAUCAGAAGACCUCUCUUCAGAGCCACAAAAGAAUUCACACAGGAGAGAAACCCUUUUGCUGUUUGGAAUGUGGUAAACGAUUUUGUGACAGGAGUACACUACAGAGACACAGGAGAAUUCACACUAGAGACAAUCCAUACUGCUGUUUGGAAUGUGGAAAACGUUUGUGUGACAAGACCACGCUGCAGAGACACAAAAGAAUUCACACUGGAGAGAAGCCAUAUUGCUGUUUGGAAUGUGGAAAGCAAUUUUGUGACAGGAGUACACUGCACAGACACAAAAGAAUUCACACUGGAGAGAAGCCGUAUUGCUGUUCAGAAUGUGGCAAAGGAUUCUCGUGUGCCACCCAUCUUCAGAGCCACAAAAGAGUUCACACAGGAGAGAAACCAUUUUGCUGUUUGGAAUGUGGCCAGCAAUUCUAUGAUAAGAGCUGUCUUCAGAGCCACAAAAGAAUUCACACCGGUGAGAAGCCAUAUUGUUGUUCGGAAUGUGGCAAAGCAUUCUCACGUACCACCCAUCUUCAGAGCCACAAAAGAAUUCACACCGGAGAGAAGCCAUAUUGCUGUUCAGAAUGUGGCAAAGAAUUCUCACGUAACACUCAUCUUCAGAGCCACAAAAGAAUUCACACUGGAGAGAAGCCAUAUUGCUGUUCUGAAUGUGGCAAAUGUUUCACACGUACCACCCAUCUUCAAAGCCACAAAAGAAUUCACACAGGAGAGAAGCCAUAUUGUUGUUUGGAAUGUGGCAAACGAUUCUGUGACCCGAGUGGUCUUCGUAGCCACACAAGUGUUCACACUGGAAAGAAGCCAUAUUGCUGUUCAGAAUGUGGCAAACAUUUCCGUGACAGGAGUGGUCUUCACAGACAUGCUGGAAUUCACACUGGAGAGAAGCCAUAUUGCUGUUUGGAAUGUGGCAAACAAUUCCGUGACAGGAGUGGUCUGCAAAGACAUGUUGCAAUUCACACUGGAAGAAAUUCAGUCUGAGAUAUGGCAAAUGUGGAAAAAAAACAUAGUGCCUGUUGUUCUAGGAUCCAUGAGACUAAUAAAGAAAAACUUUCAGGCCCAUCUUAACAUACUACCAGUUACAAUAACGUCUAAUUAAUUUCACACAGAGAACCACAGACACUUGGACUAAGAGACUAAGUUGUGUGGUGGACAGUAGGACUAAACGUGAAAUAAACGCGAUGUUUAUUUGGAAGAAAUAAGUGGAUAGGACUGGCGCUCUUUCUUGGGCUGAAUGGCCUGUUCUUGUCUAGAGUGUUCUAAAGUGAACAACAAAAUGUACACUGAAAUAUAAGAACUGGUUUAGGAAAAAUUCUGAAAUGGUCAAGUAAAUAAAGAAUGUACCAGAAGAAAGGUUGAUGUACUAUACAUAAUGAACUGAAGGAUGACUAAGAAAUCAGCAGUUGUCCUAUAAACAACGAGAAUGGACGGUCGUUAUAUGCACAGACAUUUCAAGAUUGGUGGCACAACAGAGGUGUAAGAAGAACCAGAAUGUAAUAUAACAGACUUGUAUCUUCUUAUUUAAUAGUGUCUGUCUGUCCAGAAUUUUAAAUCACCUGUACUUCGCAAACCGUUUGACCUAUUGACCUGAAAUUUGGUACACAUAUACUACGUGACGUCAACUAUCCACUUUCAGGGUGAUGACUGACUUCCAAGGUUAUUCCUGUUUUUAUGUUUAUUUUAUUGUAGAAUCAACUCUCGGCAGCAUCCAGCAGGACGGCCGUGUGGCACAUGCAUAUGGGCGCCUUUCUCAUCCCUACCUCCUUCGCCGUCCCUUCCCCUACCUCUUCAUAUCGUAAAUCAUUCUUGAGGCAGAUUGAAGACUUAAGUGAAAUAUUAAGGAAAAUGUACUAAGUAAUUGCAACACAAAAACGGACUUAACCAGUUUUAAUGUGAAAAGAUGCCGAUGGAAGAAGAGAAGAAGCGGGCCGUCUAGGGUGGAGAAAAGAAGAGCUGCUCAGGAAGCAGCAAGUGCAUCAACCUGUGAGCAAACGAAUGGUAAACGUACAGAGAAAGAGGAUGAAAACUAGGAAUGCUCAAGUCAGGUGUAUUCUGCAGUGCGCAGUUUCUGGUUUUAUAUAAAUCAUUUGUGUGUAAACCAAUGAACCAACCAGAGUGAAGUGUAAGCAUUGAUUGACACUGUAUGUAAAUUUUACAGUUUAUAAAUUGAACCUCUAUUCAUUCUUUUCUCUUACAAUUCUGACCAGGCUGUAACAGACUGUUUUUGAAGAAUGCUUCCUCCAAGGUAUUUGGCCGAGGAGUAAUUAAAAGAUACCAUGAAGAGCUUUUCUCCUGCCUGAUUACUGAAUUGUCCUGUUAGGGGACGUUUCUUUCUUUAACAAGAUGUUAAAUUUCUACCACAGGACAUGCCAAUACCAAUGGACAAAAAGACAGAUGCCAGGAAACCAGACAUAGUUGUCAAAGAAGAGCAGCCUAGUAAAGCUUGGAUCAGUGAGGUCUUGGUCCCAAGUAAUUACUCCAUAUGCUGAACAGACACCUUCCAGGAAACUCUGCCUUUUAUGGAGUGUGAACCGGAAGGGGCGGAAUCAGUUGCCCUCACUGGGCGUUUCUUGACACUGUGGAGAGAGAAGAAGAUGACACUGUUAGCAAUAGCACCCCUUCUCGUCCUGGUGGGUAAUUACAUACAGAGCCUGUAAGGAGACCCUCCAAAACGCAGACAUGUUAGGGUCUAAGUGAAAUUGACUACACAUAUAGAUUAGCAAUAAUUGGACUCCAGACUUACCCUAUGAACUCCAAGUACCCAGAUGUACAAAAAAAUAUUACAUCAAAAAUUUAAAAAUUCAAACUAUAAUAAAGCUAUUCUGAAAAAGUGAUGGAAUGACUCCGACCUUGUGCCCAGAUGGACACAGCGCAACACACUAAUAAAUGGAAACAAAUUCAAGCAGAGAAGGAGAAACAAGACAAUCAAUACAGUGGGAAAUAUCAAGAAUUUUCUUAUUAAUGAGGUGAACUAUGACCAAAAGAUGUGUGCCUAGUCAUGGUUGCACACAAGUUGGUCAAGGACAUCGAUAGAAAACAAAUGGCACAUCAGAUCAGUGCUGCUUCUGUAAAACAAAGCUAGAAAGUGUAACACACCUGGUUGUGAGGUCCUGAUGGUACAAAGUGGCCAGACUGUAAAUUCUGCAGAGAAUGCAACUGAUCACAAUAAAGAGUUCAUGACAGAGAACAAGGAGGUGCGAGUCACUUGGGACACAACAAUACCAACUGACAGAAAACUGGACAUAGUUAUUAAAAACAGUCUACGAAAGCCUGGGUAAUGAAAGUACCAGUUCAAUUAUUGGAGUUUCAGAUGAGAGCAAAAGAAACUGAACAAAAGACUUGACACUGAGAGAGAAAGAAAGCUAAAGUUGGUCUUAUUAAGUCCAGAGCUCAGUAGCACAAAGUAACUAAAGCUUCAUUAUACAGCACACAAGUGACGGCUUAAUGAGGAGUGGGCACACUGCUCCAUCAUUAUAAUCCACAGCAGGGGGACUUGUUCCCAUUUAGGCCUUGAGACACCCAGCUGUGCUGCCCAUUUAGCCGACAUAAAAGCAGCAUCACUGGGCAGAUGAAAGAUGAGGUCCAAGUUCUUCUUCCAGGCCAACCAACACCCAUACUGUGGAGCAGACAGACGGGCAGACAUGUUAGUCUUUCGGAUUUUGGCCCAGCACUUUUCUGCAUCAAUGAUUUACGCUUCUAACCGAAUGGAAUUUAGUUGUUUUCAAUUUUAUUUUAUUAUAUGUAUUGUACCCAGGGUUUGGAGCCUUGUUGCUCUCAGUUUUAGACUUUUUUGUUUCUCUUAACAUGUUGUUUUUAUUUAAAUAAUUGUAUAAUUCAGCGGUUCUGAAACUGUGGGGCACGCCAAAGUAACAAAAAAGGGGGCGCGAAUGUUGCCAUAUGUGGCAGAAUUUUGCUAUUCGUAGGAAAAUUUUAAACUUGUAGUGGUGUAUCAGCAGCAAAAAGUAUAGGAAUACAUUUUAUUAGGGUUUCAAAAAAACAUUAGGGGGGCGCGAUUAAAACUGUUAC